UUGCUGCAGGGAGGAGCGAGCGGAGAGCAGUCAGCGGAGCCGAGCGGAGCAUCACAGCCCCGCAUUCAAGGAAACGGGCAAACACAGCACUUUCUUCUUUUGACUUUCCGUUAUGCAGCACACGUACUUAAUAACAAGAAAUAUAUGCAUGUCGAUGUGGAUCCUUACGGAAGCCGUUUGACUCUGAGAGGCUGGAAAUCUCUGCCCCCCCCAUUUGUGUCCUGCGCCAAGAACUGUAAAGACAUGGUCAUUACACCGCAUCUGUGAUGAACAGCAAGCAGUGAGUGUGAGACGCUUUCUUCAGAGGAUGCUCCUGGUCUGCGGGAAUCAGUGUUGAGGGAGGUCCACAGAGCCGACGGGUGCCCACCAUGUCUCACCUCCAGCACUACCAGCGAGGCCCUCACGGCCGCACCAUGAGCUCCGAGGAGAGGAGCUAUCCGCUAGUAAACAAGAGCGCCACGCCGGUUCACAAGAGCGUCUCCUCCUCUUCCUCCUCCCAGCGCGACAGUCGGCAGGAGGCAGACAGCUGGGAAAUCAUCGAGGGGCUGAAAAUCGGCCAGAGCAACGUGCAGAGGCCUGAUAAACACGAGGGUUUUAUGUUGAAGAAGCGGAAAUGGCCCCUGAAAGGCUGGCACAAGCGUUUUUUUGUCCUGGACAAUGGUAUCCUGAAGUACUCCAAGUCCCCCAUUGAUAUCCAAAAGGGCAAACUUCACGGUAGCAUCGACGUUGGCCUCUCAGUCAUGUCCAUCAAGAAGAGAGCCCGUCGCAUCGACCUGGACACUGAGGAGCAUAUCUAUCACCUGAAGGUCAAAUCUCAAGACAUCUUUGACGCCUGGGUGUCCAAGUUGCGUCAUCACCGGCUUUACCGACAGAACGAGAUCGUGCGAUCUCCCCGGGAGGCCACCAUGCGGACGUUUCCCCCGCCGGCUGCCAAGGAGUCCCCCCAACCUGCCCCGAGUGUGGUAUGUGAAGCCAAGCAGGCCAAGCCGAGCAGUUUGCCGUGGCAGCCGGUGGCCCCGAGUAGCAACAGCAGCCUGCCCGCCUCCUACAGUAACGGCCAGAGCAAGGUGGUCGCUUGGCUGCAGGAAUCCGAGGAGAUGGACAAGUGCGCAGAGGAGCUUGCACGAUGUCAGUCCAAUCUGACUGACCUGAGCCGGCUAUUGCAGAGUUUGGAGAUUCUACAAAGGACACAGUCAGCGCCCAACUUCACAGAAAUGCAGACCAAUUGUGUAGAAUUAUCAAAGAAAGAAAAGCGCUUGAACAGAAGAUGGAGAACAAAAAGUGUCGGCAAAGAUCCAAAAUUCCAGCUUCAGGUCCCUCUGUCUGCCAGCAUGUCCCCCGUCCGUCUCCACUCAUCCAACCCCAACCUGUGUGCCGAGCUGGUGGACUUUCAACCCCCCGUCUCCCGGCUGACAGACAGCGUCGAGUGUGCCAGUGACUACAUUAAGCUUCAGGAGGAAUUCUGCACAAUUGCCCAGAAAGUCCACUCCCUGCUGAAGUCGGCCUUCAACACAGUCGCCAUAGAGAAGGAAAAGAUCAAACAGAUUCUGUCUGACCAGGAGCAGUCGGACCAAUCAGCCCAGAUCAACUCUCUCAGGAAGUCUCUGUCACAGGCCCUGUCCCAAAAUGCAGAACUUCGAACCCGACUCAACCGCAUCCACUCUGAAUCUGUCCUGAAUGAACAAGUUGUCAGUGUGAACAUCAUCUCCACGCCUGAUGAGGCUGGAGAACAGAUGGGGAUCCCUCUGACUCAGCAGGCCUCUAAUGAGAGCCGACUCUCCAUGUCGGAGUCCGUCUCCGAGUUCUUUGAUGCCCAGGAAGUGCUUCUGUCAGCCAGCUCGUCGGAGAAUGAGGGCUCAGACGAUGAGUCAUACGUCAGCGAUGUGAGCGAUAACAUUUCAGAGGACAACGCCAGUGUGACUGAUAACGUCUCCAGACAAAUGGCCAACGGCGACUUCGCUGGCAGUGCCUUCCGUAACGGCCGGCGAAGCUGCCUGUCGGCGCCGUGUCCCGACACCAGCAACAUUAACCUCUGGAACAUCUUGAGGAACAACAUCGGCAAGGACUUGUCCAAAGUGUCCAUGCCUGUGGAGCUCAACGAGCCGCUCAACACCUUGCAGCGCAUGUGUGAAGAGCUGGAGUACAGCGAGCUGCUGGACAAAGCUGCUGAGACCGAGGAUCCUUUUGAACGCAUGGUUGUCGUCGCUGCUUUCGCCGUCUCGGGCUACUCGUCCACUUACUACAGAGCAGGAAGUAAGCCAUUCAACCCGCUGCUCGGAGAGAGUUAUGAAUGUAUUCGGGAAGACAAGGGCUUCUGUUUCUUCUCUGAACAGGUGAGCCACCAUCCUCCCAUCUCUGCCUGCCACUGUGAGUCCAAGAACUUCACCUUCUGGCAAGAUGUGAGAUGGAAAAACAAGUUCUGGGGGAAAUCGAUGGAGAUCUUACCAAUCGGGAGUGUGAAUCUCAUGAUUCCCAGGUUUGGAGAUCAUUAUGAAUGGAACAAAGUCACCACCUGUGUGCACAACAUCCUCAGUGGACAGCGGUGGAUCGAACACUACGGGGAGAUCACCAUCAGAAACACGAAGAGCAGCGCUUGUCUCUGCAAGCUUACUUUCGUCAAGGGAAACUACUGGAGUUCUAAUGUGAAUGAGGUUCAAGGAUUUGUGAUGGAUCAAGAAGGGAAAGUGAUCCACAGGCUUUUUGGAAAAUGGCACGAGGGCCUUUACUGUGGUGUCCCACCCUCUGCUAAAUGCAUCUGGAGGCCAGGCUCCAUGCCGACAGAUUACGAGCUGUACUACGGCUUCACCAGGUUUGCCAUUGAAUUGAAUGAACUUUGCCCCGAGUUGAAAGAUGUUCUGCCCCGAACAGACGCCCGAUUCAGGCCUGAUCAAAGGCAUCUGGAGGAGGGGAGCUUGGAGAUGGCGUCCUCAGAAAAGCAGCGCAUUGAGGACAUGCAGAGAGUCCGGAGAAAGUGGAACGAGGAGAACGACAUCAAACUGGAGCCACGCUUCUUCAAAAAAGUGGUUUAUGCCAAUCACAAGGAGAGGUGGGUCUCCAACAACACGUACUGGGAGCUUCGCAAAAACCCCGGCUUCAUCAAUAUGGAAUCUACAAUGAACCUGUGGUAGCACACGGAUUGUCAUGUCCAUCAUAUCUUCAUCGCAGACAAAGACGGCUGUCGCCGAUGCACAAGAAGGUGUUAAGAGAAACACGUUACGAUGAAACAUCCGUGUGCAGGGAUGCAGAGCCGGUUACAGAGCUAAGGGAUGGCCUGAGGCCCGGUGAGCCUGUCGAGGUUCUGUGGCACUGCCACAUGGUCGUCCAUCCAUGGAAACAUCCCGUAGGAUCACCUUCUUUGUGCUUGUGGAAGCUCGUACCACUCCUAUGUAGAUCUUUCCUCAGCUCCUUCGACUUCCGAGUAUGUCCUUGCCUUAAAAAGACACCCGUACAAGCCACAUGAUUUAACGCUUUUUUUCCAUUGAAGCCAUUUGAUUUGAAGACGGUUUUGGGUUAGACUAGGCUAUGAAGUAGACCUUUCGAUUACCUACGAUACCUAUUUGCAUGUUUAGAGAGCAGCUUUCACUGGCAUUUAGCCACAUUUACUAUAUCAUCAAUCAUUGUAGAAAAAAAGGUGUUUUUAUAAAAUAUCUUGGACUCAGAAUUUAGUGAAAAAGCAUUAUGUGAAUUGGCAGAUUUGAUUUAUUUUUGCCUUUUUAAUACUGUUGAAUUUGUGUGAUGGUAGUACUCUCUCUCGGGAAACAACUAAAUUAAUCUCAGCUGCAGCGGAGUCCGUAUGGCGACCACAGGUGUAAAUCCUAUUGCAGUGUUUUGGACAUGUGAUGCAGGAGACACCUACAACCUUCACCCAAUGUUUUCUUUCUGAAAUGCUCAACACAGUUGUGUUUCAGCUCACAGUGGAGAGUCUGUGUAAAUAGAGCGGUGCCGUACUCCACUGUCUAAUUUCAAACAUGAAACCACAUCCUCUGAAUCACAUGGUUACACGAACACACACAUAACUCCCUCCUUAUAUAGUAGGCACGCCAUAUAUAAUGCACUCUCAAACAUAAAACACUUCUCUGAGUGAAAGGUCUGAGAGAAGAUGAUGGAGCAGGUUGUACAGACUGUAAAGCUCUCAGACACACUUGUGAUUCUGGGCUUUAUAUAUCAACUUGAUAUAUAUACGAGGAAAACACUCAUCUACACAAGCUGCAAAUCACCAUCACAGUUUACCAAAGCAUUAUCUUAAAUGUACAUUCUUGUUCUGACUCACAACCAAAAAUUAAAAAUGGGAUGAAACAAAGAAAACAACUAUUACCAGCAGCUGUUUGGUAUUUUUCUUUAUUAAUCAAUCUAAAAUAAGGAAUACAUUUUCUUUUGAUGAAUUAUUAAUUAUGUCAGAACUCCCAAAACUCAUUCAGUCAAAAGUAAACAGUCGCUCCAAAAUAGAAACACCAGAGCCACCUACAGGUCGCGCCAUGAAAAUGCCAUAUCAGUAGUCUGUCGGUCAAAAACAACUAUAUUUCCAAACAAGUUCAUACGGUACCAAUUUUACAGUUCAAGAAUAAAAAUGUGUGUGAUUUCCCCGGAGACUGUACUGCUGCAUUCUGGGCUUCUGCACAGCACCAGUUACCUAUUUGCAGUGUUGUGUAUUUAUUGCAAAGCAGAUUAGCUUAAACGUGUUAAUAUUGUCCCCCUUUUUUGCGUUACAGAGUUAGAAAAUAUCAGUGAAAUCACAAACACGGAGUCACACGUUGUCCACACUUUGUGUACGAGCAUAUCUGAGUGGAUUCCCCUCGGACAGGACCGCGGGGGUGAGGGACUAUAAAUACGUAGAAUGAAAACUAUGUGGAGCAAAUCCAUCUCGUGUGCACUGUUCAUAUGGUACUGUAGAUUACAAACCAAAAAAAGGUAGAACUGCUUUGCAUCCAUAUCCCUUUUAAUUUUAUCCCCGAUCACAAACUCAAUGCUAGAACUUGUCAGUGUCAGUUUCACUUGCUGUGCCUUAAUGCAUUUAUUAAUGCCUCACAAACACACUACUGAUGAGAAUCCCCAUGCAAAGAAGGUAUGCCAUUAAUAAACUCCGGACAUUAUGCGGUCUCCAGCUCCCUGCAGAGGACACAUUGUACGCGUUGAUGGUUUCUCUGCAGACAAAGUGUCUCCUCUACGGUCUUAAAGGGAGACGUCUUUGAUGGGAUUUGACUGUAAAAUGCUUGCAGACAGUCUGCACUGCUCUGCUACACCAACAUGUAACCAAAACAUUUUGGUUAUCACUGUAAAUACGGCACAUUUAGAAGAUGGGUCGCUAAUUAAAAAGCGGAUUCCUUUUCCCUCUUACAUCAGUGAUUUUGCUUUUUUUUUUUUUACGAGACUGAACCACAGCAGGUGUGUGAAGAGGUAACAGCAAUGCUUUGCGUAGGUUUUGGUAUCAAAGAGUGACUGAAACGAAAAAAAUACUCAUGAAAACCUCUUCAUGCUUUCUUCAUCCACUGUUGCACCUGCAUGUCUAGACUACUUAGCCUGCCAAUGAAUAUUGCAGAUGCCUUACCAAAAAAAUAUUGAAAAAAAUGUUUUUUCUUUUUGUUCAAUUGGACUUUUUGUUUUUGCUUUGGACUGACAUGUAUCCCAAAGCACCGUGUCAGCGCUUUCAAAUCUAUUUCCUGAUGGGUACCUUCUAAAGUGCAAUUUUAACAAAGUACAUAUCUUUCCAUGAACACUGUACACUGCUGCUACAUAGUGCUUGUUCUAAUAAAACUGUAAAACUCAA